AAUAUAGCGCACGAUUGACACCCGAUCGGAACGUACGGCGGCCCGGUACAGUGAUGGUGGUGGAGUGCGUGUACUACGCACACCGCCGUUCGUGCCGGUCGCGAGAUCGCUGUAGGGAUUGUUUUGCCCUCGUAGCGUAGUAGAGACAACAACAAAAAAACAACACACAUUCGUGGUGUUGGUAGGCGCUAGAUUUUAUAUAAAUAAUCAACGGCCGCUAGUACGGUCGAGUGAGUUCAAGCGUGUGCGCCAACAAAGCAUCGUCGCAGCAAAACCUGCGCGCGGAUCCUCAAUCCCGCAGCGAGAGAGCGAGAAGAUCAUCAUCCAACAGCGGAGACGAUCAUUAUCGAUCAACGGUUUUUGUUUCUGUUUGUCUGACGUUUGUUUUUUUUUGUUGUUUUUCCGACUUCCGAGCCGGAAAAGUGCGGCAAGAAACAAACAUCAUCACCAUCAUCAUCAUCACACAGACACAGAUUCAGAAGGAAAGCGAUGGCCCAUCUCUCCCACGCUACUAGUACGAUGGCACUACACACCGACAGCAACGGUGCCGGUUGUCAAGUUUGACAGCACGUAUUUGCUCAGCAGCAGCCACCAACCGAGGGGUUAAGUGUAGCGAAGCAACAACAUCCGACCGAAUCGGAACUCCAUUCCCCACCCAACAACACCUUGGCUGGUUCGAGCAUUCAAUCCCGGCUGUCUCGCUUGGUAUCGGCUUUUGACCACUCAGUAAUUGCGAGCAGCAAUCAGUGUUGGCAGCAACCAAAGUUUGUAAAUGGUCGCCUAAACAACAGCAACGUGCUACACUGAGAUCGCAUUAUAACAACGUGCUGUUUAGUAUAGUUCGUACUUUACAACCAACCAUCCAUUACGGAACGUACAUAGUACGCGAACGAAUAGACGGAUAGACAAAAGAACGAGGCUACUAAGAACAACAACAGUAUUAGCAUUAUCCACACAACAACAUCGUCCAUACAUCAUCUUACAAAUCUGCUGCAAGGCUAGGCAGAAAGCUAGGCUUAAACCAAAGGGCGAAAAGUGAUCGUGAACACAGAAACCAAUCAUGACGGUCAGCAAGGAGUAUCUGGCUAACGCCGAACAGGAGAAACCGAACCAACGGUUCGGUACACGACAUUACAUCGUUUUCAUGCUGUUCCUUGGCAUGGCGAAUGCGUACGUCAUGCGAACGAACAUGUCCGUCGCGAUUGUCGCGAUGGUAAACCAGACCGCUAUCGAGAAGGAUGCCGAGGUGUUCGACGACGAAUGUCCCGAUACGGACUAUGGUGAAGAUAACAAGGAUGACGAUAAGGAUGGCGAGUUUAUCUGGAGCACCAGCAUGCAGGGCUACAUUUUAUCGUCCUUCUUCUACGGCUACGUCAUCACGCAGAUCCCGUUCGGUCUACUGGCCAAGCGUUACGGUGCGAUGCGUUUCCUCGGCUGGGGUAUGCUGAUCAACUCGGUGUUUGCGUUCGUGGUGCCGGUAGCCGCCCGACAGGGUGGUGCCGGCUGGCUGAUUGCCGUACGCUUCAUCCAGGGGCUGGGCGAAGGUCCCAUUGUGCCGUGCACGCACGCCAUGCUGGCGAAAUGGAUUCCACCGAACGAGCGGUCACGCGUUGGUUCGAUAGUGUACUCCGGGGCACAGUUCGGUACGGUCAUAUCGAUGCCACUGUCCGGGCUGCUGGCCGACCACGGGUUUGACGGUGGCUGGCCAUCUAUAUUCUACGUGUUCGGUAUCAUCGGCACGGUAUGGUCGAUCGCAUUCCUGUUCACCUGCCACGAGGACCCGGUGUCGCAUCCUAGCAUUCGGGAGGAUGAGAAGAAGUACAUCCAGCAGUCGCUGUGGGGCAAUGCGUCCGUGCACAUUCCGCCGAUACCGUGGAUGAACAUCGCAAAGUCGCUACCGUUCUACGCGAUCCUGCUUGCGCAUCUUGGCCAGAACUAUGGCUACGAAACGCUGAUGACGGAGCUGCCCACCUACAUGAAACAAGUCCUACGAUUCUCCAUCAAGACCAAUGGUGUUCUGUCCGCUCUGCCCUAUCUGGCGAUGUGGCUGUUCUCGAUCCUGGUCGGUUGGGUUGCGGACUGGAUGUUGACGUCGGGUCGCUUCAACCACACCUGGACGCGCAAGAUCUCCAACAGCAUUGGCCAGUACGGUCCAGCGAUCGCACUCAUCAUCGCGUCGUACACCGGCUGCAGCCGAGCGCUCACCGUCGCCAUCCUGACGAUCGGCGUCGGUUUGAACGGUGGCAUCUAUGCCGGGUUUAAGAUCAACCAUCUGGACAUUACGCCCCGGUACGCGGGCGUACUGAUGGCAUUCACCAACUGUUCGGCCAAUUUGGCCGGUUUGCUCGCACCGAUCGCCGCCGGUAACAUCAUCGAGGGCAAACCAACGAUCGCGCAGUGGCGCAUCGUGUUCGUGAUAGCGGCAUGCGUGUAUCUGUUUACCGCCACGUUCUACAACGUGUUCGCGUCCGGUGCUCGCCAGUUCUGGGACAAUCCGGACAACGACGAACCACAGAAGACCUCGAUCGAGGCGCCGGUGCACAGUGACGUGAACGGUAGCAACGUUGGUAGCAAUGGUACGGCGCCCGCAACCCUAACGCACCGGACGCUCAACGAGCAGUCGUCGUAGGGUUAGCACGCUGUUAAACAGGGAGUCGAACGGAUUGAACAUAUCAGUCCGCAAAGACGAGAAAAAAAAACAUAUCAGUCCGCACGCGGUCGAAUCAGUUAGCGAGUUAGUGAGCUAUAGUGCAGAAACCGUUGUAUUUAUAAGGGGAAAAACGAAUAUUUCUUUGAUAAUGUAA